AGAAAACCAGAGGAAAUAGCAAAAGCAUGUGUGAAAAUUAUAAGCAUUUGCAACCUUUGUAGCAGUCAAUUUUACAGGCUCAAUUCAAUCUCAAUUGGAGUGUCUGGAGUGUCUGGUUGGCCAGUUUAGGACAUUUCAUUUAAAAAUAAAAUAAAAUAAUUAAUAUCAAAAUGUCAAAAAAAAUUAUUCUUAACGUGACAGAUAAAAAUUUAAGUAUAAUAUAAAAACUAUACUUAGAGGAAUAAGUUUCAAUCUUUUGAAAUGGAUGAAUCCUGUUAUAAGAUAUUGAAUCCUUUGUGAUUAAACGUUAAAAUCAGAGAAAGAACAUACUAUUUGACUUGUCCAUGACAACAGACCAUGGAUCAUAUGCCAUAAAAUCAAAGUCAUUCCCUUUAAUUUGGCAAAUUUAGUACUUUCUACAGGGCGCAUUAGUAGGAAACCCCUCUUAGAUGGAGGAGAGGGGUCAGCUGGCAUUGCAGGAAAGCUACUGGUAAAGGUUCUUAAGAGUAAAGUGAGAAGGGUUGCUUUUCCAUAAAUGUUCUCGGACGUGUUUGAAAUUAUGAUUGGAUGUUGAACAAAUGGAUUCUGAAUUCUUUUUAAUUUAAUAUAUUAAAUUGUUUUAAUUUUUCUAUAUACUAUUUUUGUCAAACUUAUUUUUAAAAAGUAAAACAUUAAUUUUGUAAAGGUAAUUUUCAUGACUCAAAAAAAUAAAAUAAAAAUUGAGAUUUGGAAAAAUACUUUUCCAACAUCAAUUUUUCCUACAUCAAUGCCAAACAACACCUUCAUCUUUCAGCAGAUUCGGCCUAGCGCAUAAGAUGUUCUUAGAAUGAUUAGAACCAGAAUUUUGCUCAUGUUUUUUUAUUGUAAUGAUAGCUUCUCCAAUUCAGAAGUUACUCAUACUGAUUUGAUUCAUUUCUGGAGAUUAUUAACUGAUUUUGUUUCUUUGUAUGUUUUGAUCAAUAGUUUUUCUUCUCUAUUGACAAAAAAGAAGGAUGGUGCUGAGACACAAUCCUUAUGAACCUGCCUUGGCAUAUCGCCCAGCACUUGUGAAGCAGAAGAACCCUUGCAAGAAGAUCAAGCCAAUCCUUGUGGAAAGUAUUCUUGUAGUACUUGUUAGCGUCUCUUCCCCUUUUUUAUGUACCCAGUCUUUCUUCCCCUUUUCUAUGUACCCAGUCUACAAACCUGGCCUAAUCUAAUAAGCCUUCGAGGCUCCGAAAAGACCGAUGCAGCAUGGUUUCAUGGAUGGUUCUUACCCUUACCCGAACUUCUUCACUCAAUUUAUCAAGAUUAAAUCUACUUUUUGCUUUUUGCAGACAGCUGGUUUGUUCUAGAAAGCAGUGCCCUUGAUUCCAAGCCCAUAUUCCUUCUUCAACUAAGCUUUGCAACCAAGAUUCUCCACAUUCCUAUUAUUGCAUCCUCUCCUACAAAUUUUUUUGACUCCUUAAUCACCAUUCGCAACAGAGUGAGAAUUGAGCUCCAGCGCACAAUGCAUUACUAAGCAAAACUGCUUGAAAAGGUUGAAUCCCUUCUUGCAUGCAAGAGAUACUUGGAAGACCAGGAACUGAUUCUAGCAACUAUCCUAUAAAUCAAGCCUUAACAGUCAGUUUUAGUAAGCUUAGUAGUCAUUAGAUGAAACCCAGAAACUAAAGGAUACUUCAUGUCUUAGCAAUUGACCCCACUAUAAUAAAUGGAGCUUUUCCCUGGAUUGAUUCUGUUGAGAAUCUACAAUAUCUUUCCUGUACAGCUAUUAAAUCUAUGUAUAUCCCAUGAUUUUUGCUCUAUUUUAGGUUAGAAUAAUUGACUUCUAAUGUAUUUUAGGAUAGAAUAAAUUAGCUCCUAAUUUUUGGGAGAUCACAGAUGUCAUGGAAUUGACAAAAGUCAACUUCCAUUUGUAUAAAUAUUGCACAGCCUGAGCCUAAAUAAGAUAACAAAAAGCAAUUCAGUUCCUUUGUUUUUGUUCAUGGUAUUAGAGCCUUUGCUUUUGGGACCUCUUCUUGUCAGCCUUCAUUGUCGAGUACUUUCUUCCUUCCAAGUCCUUAUUGCCAAGUGCAAUUUUCAGCCUUCAUUACUGAAAUUUUCACUAGGCCUUCAUUGCCAAAAAAAGAAAUUUCUUUUAGACCUGCAACAUCACUGAAACUGAAACAUUAGAAAUUAACUCCAGUACCAAAUCAGAAGAGACCUCAAAUAUUCCACACAUAGGAGAUUUGCAGAAUAUCCAGGCAACCUACAGGCUCAAUGGAAAAAACUAUUUGAAGUGGUCACAAUUUGUUCAAACAUGUCUCAAAGAAAAGGGCAAAAUCAACCACUUGCUUGGAAGUGGACCCAAAAAUGGUGAUCCAAAAUUCGUUGCUUGGGACGAAGAGGAUUCUAUGAUCAUGUCAUGGUUGUGGAACUCCAUAUUACCUGAAAUAAGCGACACUUGCAUGUUCCUGCCAACAACUAAAGACAUAUGGACUACUAUUCAACAAACCUAUUCAAAGGCAAGAGAUGCUGCUCUAAUCUGUGAGAUCAAAACAAAGAUCUCAGCCACUAAACAAGGCAACCUUUCUGUUACUCAACAUGCCAAUCUUCUGCAAAAUCUAUGGCAGGAAAUGGAUCAAUAUCGGUGUGUUCAGAUGUUGUGUAGUGAAUAUGCCGCCACCUUGAAAAGCUUUAUAAAAAAGGAUAGAGUUUAUGACUUCCUUGCAGGUUUGAACGUGGAAUUUGAUCAAGUCAGAGUCCAGAUAUUAGGGAAAGAAAGAUUUACAUCCCUGAAUGAGACAAUAUCCUUGAUCCGAGUUGAAGAAAAUAGGCGAGAAGUCAUGUUGGAGCCUAAAGCAUUAGAAGGGUCAGCAAUGAUUUCUACAAAGUCAAACAAUAAGGAAGCAAGGAUAGGUAAUGGGUGUACAGAGUCAAAUAAAGACACAGUUUGGUGCAAAUAUUGCAAAACCACGCCAUACUCGAGAGGAUUGUUUCAAACUCUAUAGGAAGGAACAAGUCCUUAGCCGUAAAGGAGGAUUCAAAGGAGGAAAAGCCCACUUAGCUGAUGGAGAAGACCAAACCCAAGAAAAAUCCAACCAGGAUUUGGUUACGGGGAGGACGAUUGGACUUGCUAAGGUGAAAGAUGGGCUUUAUUACCUUGAGGAAAUGAGUGGCAACAAGAAGAACAAAAAUCAAUUAUCCCUCAUCUGCUCCUCAAGGCAAUUUGGAGGUCAGGAAACACCAAUUCAUAUUGAUCUAUAUGUUUUUGCAAAGACAUAUAAAUUGCAGUCAUGAAGUAGCUCAUGAAGAAGCAAUUGCUUCAGGAUAUAUAUUGAAGAACUGUAUAAGGAUGCGUAUACAUUUACUAAUAGAAAAUUUGAAAGUUUUAGCUGCAA